AUGAGCAGACAAGUCAUUGGAAAUAAGGAAAGCGGAAGCCAGUGGAAAAAAUGAAAGGGGCCACUCUGGUAUGACCUUGGGCUCAGGGGCAUGCUAGCCAGGAGGAAGCAGAUCGAUGAAAGGGGCCACUCUGGUCCCACCUUGGGCUCAGGGGCAUGCUCCGUACCCCCAAAGCUUACCUCCCUUUUCACGGACUCACACACAAAUACGUGAAACAGCGCGCCUCAAUCGUACAAUAGAUCAAUUUGUCACAUUAGCCAGGAGGAAGCAGAUCGACCAAAGGGGCCACUCUGGUAUCACCCUUGGGGUCAUGGGCCCGCCCCGAAGGGGAAGAAGCAUGAUGGGAGCACAGGGCCGGGCUGGCCAGUGUGCGUCUGGCAACUCCCGCUCCAGGUGGCCUUUGAGGACGUCGCUCUGUAUUUCACCCGGGAGGAGUGGGAGCUCUUAUCCUAGCCAGAGAAGCAGCUGUACCGGGACCAGAUGCUGAGGAAUUACUGGGCCCUCGUUUCCCUGGGCUAUUCAGGUUCCACACCGGACUUAAUCCAACGGCUCGAGUUAGGGGAGGCAGAGCUCUGGAUCAGGGAUGCCGAGGACUCCAGGGAAAACUCAGGACCUGACAGCCCCUCCUCAGCAGGGCACGAGAUCCUGGGAGGAACGAGGACAUGGUCUGGCUGUGGCAGGAGCUUCAGCCAGUCCUCAGUCCUGAAAAUACACCCGCGUACGCACACCGGAGAGCAGCUGUACUGCUGUGCUGACUGCGGGAAGGGCUUUGCAUGGAGCUCAAAUGUGAGAACACACCAGCACACGCACACCGGGGAGCGACCACACCGCUGUGCUGAUUGCGGGAAGGGCUUUGCACAAAGCUCACACCUGAGAACUCAUCAGCACACGCACACCGGGGAGCGUCCACACCGCUGUGCUGACUGCAGCAAGGGCUUUGCAGAGAGGUCACACCUGAGAAUACACCAGCGCAUGCACACCGGAGAGCGGCCAUACCGCUGUGCUGACUGCGACAAGUGCUUUGCACAGAACUCAAUCCUGAGAAGACACCGGCGCAUACACACGGGGGAGCGGCCGUAUCACUGUGCUGACUGUGGCAAGGGCUUUGCACAGAGUUCAAGCCUCAGAAGACACCGGCGCACACACACCGGGGAGCGGCCGUACAGCUGUGCUGACUGUGGCAAGAGUUUUGCAGAGAGCUCAAACUUGAGAACACACCAACACACACACAGCGGGGAGCCGCCACACCGCUGUGAUGUUUGCAGCAAGAACUUCAGCAACACCAAUGCGCUGGCCAAGCACCAGCGCACACACACCGGGGAGAGGCCUUUCCAAUGCACUGACUGCGGCAAGAGCUUUGCAGAGAGCUCAAGCCUGAGACGACACCAGCGCACACACACCGGGGAGCGGCCAUACAGCUGUGCUGACUGUGGCAAGCGGUUUGGUAGAUUGGCCAACCUCACUCGGCACCAGGUCACUCACACCAACACCCCUCUGCCAUUGCCAGGGCCUGAGGGGCUUCUUGGAGCUAGUGGGCCUGACAAAGCACCAGCAGAUGCAGACCAGCGAGUGGUCCUGUCCCCCUGAUGACCAGCAGAGACUGUGUGGGGCGGGGAAGGGAACUUGGUUGAGCAGCGUGGGGAAGAGCAGACCGGUGGUAGUAAAUUUAGAGAAUUGUCACAGCGUACUCCACUAGGGAGCUACCCCCUUUUCCCCCAUGUAGGUGGGAUGCAACUAUGUGUCUCUGUCCCACACACACUCAAGCAUCUAGCUGGGAUGCAGCCAGGACAACCCCCUCCCCCCCCGGUCUAGAUGGGACCCAGCCAGGAACUUCUCCCCACACCUACCUCGGUUCCAGCCAGCAGGUGACGCUUGGGUGACAUCUAGAGGUGGGAUUUGCAGUCCUGUGGGGCCGGGCAGGACGGGACUGCCUGGUCCAUGUAAUUGAAAGAAGACUCAGGAACUGCUCAUGCCAUCGAUUUUAAAUAGAAAUAUGAUGAAGAAGAACUAUGUACCUAAUGUGAAACAAAGGUCUGUCUAGUCAGGUGUUUCUUUGCUAUUAAAGAAGCUGAUGGGUUCAGACGGCAUGUGGAGAAGCUAGUGUGAAGUGUAAGUCUUUAAGGUGAACCAGUGAAAAUGUUCUAAGCCCUAACUGUCUGUAAGGCAGUCGCGGCUCUCUCCCUGUCCGUCAGGAGGCUGUGCAGUCCCAGCUGCGCUUGAACCAUAGGAAUUGGGAUACCUACAGGCAGAUUUCUCGAGGCUUGUGUGAAAAGGGCUGUGGUCAGGACACGCUGCAGUGCAGAGCGAAGAUAAAGGAGAUAAGGCAGGCAUACCAUAAGGCGAGGGAGGUGAGCUGUCGUUCAGGUGCUUCACCUAAGACCUGCUGGUUCUAUAAGGAGCUGGACGCUAUCCUCGGUGGCAACCCCACCUCCAUUGCCAAGAGCCCCGUGGAUACUUCAGAGGGCAUGGGGCGGCGGAAAGAGGACCUAAGCCAGAGGAUGAAGUUAUUGAUGAAGAGUGGAGUUAGAUGAGGAUGUGCAGCUCCUGGCGGGGUCGCCCAGUGGGGCAGGAAGCCAGGAACUGUUCUCCACUCCAGAGGUGUCUAGCCAGACUCAGCAGUUGCUCUCAAGGGAGCAAGAAGCAGGAGGUGAGAUGCCUGAUGUGGCCUUCAGGAACACCCCACGCAUGCUGGCCGAGCGUCUCCACCAGAUAAGAAAGUGCCCAAGAUGCAGCAAAGAAGACAUGUUCCGGGAGGUCCAGCAGUGCUCCAAUGCAGAAAAAAGGGAACACAAGGAUUGCUGGAAAGCCGAACAGCAGGACAGAAAAGAGAAUCACACCUUUAUUAAAGACGCAAUUGAGCGGCUGAUUAAAGUAACAGAGGAGCAAACACAGAUGCUGAAGUCCUUAAUAAUGCUGCAGACUGAGGCCUUGCCUACACUACAGGGGAAAUUCGCUCUAAGCAACGCAAUUUGAGUUACGUGAAUAGCAUAACUCAAAUCGACAUAGCUUAGAUCUAUUUACCCAGGGGUCCACACUACGUGAUGUCGACGGGAGACAUUCUCCUGUCGACUCCCCCAUUCUUCUCGAUCUGGUGGACAGGAGUCAACGGGAGAGCGAUCUGCGGUCAAUUUAGCGGGUCUUUACUAGAGCCACUAAAUCGACUGACAAUGCAUUGAUCACCACUCAUAGAUCCCCGGUAAGUGUAGACAAGCCCUGAGCAGAUCAGUGCUCGACCUCCACUGCAGCACAUUCAGAACUCUUUCCCAUGCGCCAACCCCCCAAACUCCGCCCACAAUUCCUUUCCACUUUCCAGCACUUCUCAGUUUCCCAUUCACUCCACCCACUCGGACAACUUUCCCAAUGAUAGCUGGACCUACACAUAGCUGUGAAAGUCUUCCCUUCCCUGGUUCCUACUUUCUCACCAAGCAUCUGUGUGUUUGUGUGUGCUGUUUCUUGUGCAAUAAAAGCAAAGUUUUAU